CCAACCAUCAUAGUCAGUCGAGCACCACACCUGAGACUGUACACACACAAUUCAUACCUGGUCCCGUGUGUACCUGCGUGCGUUAACGGUGCAUUGCAACACGUAUUCCCUGCAUGUGUGUUUGUGGAAGGUUGUCUUCUUUUUUUUAUUCAUGAAGGGUUUAGUAUGGGUAUCAGUGAAUGUUUAUCCGAGGGCGGUUUAAAAGUGUGUGCAUAACAAACCACUUGACCAUAAAAAGCGGCUGUAAAGUGUCUUGUGAUCUACUGCUGUUCCUCCUUAACACUUGUCAGGAAGAGAAAAGUAGCGUAGCAGAGGAACCGUCGAGUGUAUCUAUCGGCCGAGUGUUUUUGGUGUUGUUUGUGGUGUCGCUAGUAGGUGCGGGCGGAGGCCCCAUGCGGUGCCAGCCCCCUUGGUGGAGCUGUGGCGGCUUCUGCCAUCAUCUCCUCCAGCGCCUUCGUCACUUCGGCCAAGACCGAACCUUCGAGGACCACCACCACGACGGAGGCGAGUUCGUCUUCGGCCAAGCCCCCCAUCUGGAGUGACAGCAGCUGUUGUAGUAAUAGCAGCAGUAGCAACAGCUACCAAGGAGAUCGUGGUGGUGGUGGUGGUGGUGGUGGGAGGAGGAGGAGAGGGCGAAGUCAUAUUAAGCAAGAAGUCAAGAAAGAGGGAGAGGUUGGGUGGUGUGGGUGGGCGGGUCUCGGGCUGGGCGGGGCGGCCUCCAGCUCGCCCUCUUCCAAGAUAUGCCCGGACAGCGCCGUGCCCUGCUUCAUGUUCAUGUUUCGUUCCAGGAAGAGCAACCUGGUGAAGCGAGCUUGGAAGGCGCGCAAGAUAGGCCUAGCCCUCGCCAACGACCAACAACAGCUGCAGCGCCAGGCGGAGCAGCAGCUGAAAGCGCCUGCCAUGCAGCUGCUCCGCCGUCUGACCGAGUCCCAAUUGGAAUUGCUGGUGGCUGCCUUGGAAUCGGGGGGCGCAGAGCCCGGUGAGUGUGUCCUCGUCCCUCGCAACGGGGAAUCGGAAGGUGGGGGCGGGGGAGGGGGAGGAAGGGGCGUGGAUGGCAGUGCUAACAACCAUCACAGCAACGGCGAGGUUCUGGCACCCGUGCCACCUCCUCCUCCGCCACCACACCUGUUGAUGAUGUGGUUGUGGCGAUGGCCAGACUUAUUCCAUCAACACCAGCUCUCCUCCCACCACCAAUUCGGCUCCUAUCAACCGGAGCCUCCUACCGCCGCCCUCAUCCAGAGCCUUCCUUGCUGCGCCGCCCGUAACGAUCACGUGUAUGUGUGUGCCAACCCCUACCAUUGGGCCAGACUACUCUUAACAGAAUCCCCACCGCCGCCAUAUAGUAGAUUUAACGUCGACUUACUUAGACCAGAAGAUGCAGCGCCCAGCGAAGAUCUGGAAUCGCAAGAGACGGGUGGUACUUACCAGUACUGUUCUUACUCCACUAAUGGUCCUGGUACAAAUCCGUGGUGCCAAGUAGCGUACUGGGAAGGCCGUGUUAGGGUGGGUCGUCUUUACCCCGUCAGAACACCGUCUCUUAACAUCAUGGGAGAUAUUCCACACGGAGAAGGACUCUGUUUAGCUUCCCUUUCUGCAGGGCCCGAUUAUGCUCCCACGGAACAAAGCAAAAAAACUAAAGAAAAAAUUGGUCUCGGUUUAGUUCUUUACCAAGAAGGUGGUGGUGUUUGGGUUUAUAAUCGUUCCGAUAUACCCCUUUUUGUGAAUUCGCCGACUUUGGAUGGUGGAAUUCAUCCGCGUUCCAGUUUCAACGUCCAUAAGCUUCCUCCGGGUCAUUUGAUCAAUAUUUUUGAUUAUGACAAAGCCCGGCUCUAUCAGAAACUUCCACUUCACCCAGACCUGGUGCAUGAAGGACCUAUUGAUCAAAACUCUGUCAGGGUUUCCUUUGCUAAAGGCUGGGGACGCAAUUACCAUCGUCAAGAAAUCACCGAGUGCCCAUGCUGGCUGGAAAUUUUACUUGUGCCUGUGAGAUGAUAACAUAAUUAUACAACUAGAUACUGCCCUUCUACAGCUCUACCCACCUGACGUAUUCAUGCUGCUGGCUGGUCCAGUAGGACUUCAGGAGUGGGCACAUGAAGCUCUCAGCAGCCAGUAGGUGUAGCAAAAGGAGAGAGGAAGAUGGAGCAAGAAAGAGACUCUUGGACGUCCUGUUUGAGAGAUUGUCCUCUUCUUUGCAAUAUCAGGAAAUGUAGCACUAAUAUGGGCAGCUUAGAUAAUGUUGACCCAGCUAAGGCUAGUGUGAUUACCAUAGUGACUUUGGUGCAGUAAGAACUUGUUUCAAACAGUAACCAAUAACAAUUAAGCACUGGUACCAGAUCUUGUUUUUCUGAUAAUCUUAGCCUGUUUGUAUAAGUGCGAGAUGUACUAAGACCCUUCCAUUUUAUGGUAUUCUGCUACAGUAUUUAUAUAAAAUCAUAUUAUUGUGACACAAAAGAGAUUAGUGUAUUUCAGAUUUAUAAUGGGUCACAGUUGGACUUUUGACAUGAUAUCUUGCCAAUAAACAGGGCACCAUGUGUAAAAGAAUUUUAUAAUGAAAUCUAGUCGAGUUUUGUUAUUUUGUUAAUGUCUUUGCAAUUGUAUGUUUCUCUUCUAUAGGAUCAUUAACUUUAACAAAAUUUUUCAAAGGAAUGGUAACAUACCUACGUAAAAGUUACCCAGCUAUGUUUUGUUAAUGCCUUUGCAGUUGUAUGUGUCUGUUCUGUAUGAUCAUUAACUUUUUGUUUUUUGAAACAAAAUUUCUGAAUGAAAUAACAUGCAAAAGUUAGACGACUAUUUGUCUAAUCUUGCUAACUCAUUAGGUACUAUCUUGCCAUUCUAUACUUUCUCCUUUUAGUUUUUAGGUUAGCAGUAUUUUUUUUUUAUGUAAAGCUAAACAGAACUGGCAUUUUUGUUGUAAAUUGGCUGGCAUCCUACAUCACGUGUAGGAAUGUAUAGGCAAUUGCAUGAUAACCAUUUUAAUGUGACAGUCACAAAUUUUGCUCUAAAAGAUUAUAGGUGUCUUGAUUAUUUCAGUUCAGUAACAGUCUCACUGUCUCUUCUUAUGGAAGAAUUAAAAAUUGAAACAAGUAAGAGUUGAUAGAAAAUUUUUAUGUGCUCUAUUAAGUAUUAAUGAGUAGUAUCAGAAGAGCCCACUAACUAAAGUUCCCUGGGUAACUAAUGUAUGCUGUCAAGUAUGUCAGUAUGUGGGUAUACUUGCAUUGUGCUAUUGUCAUCCAUGAAUUACUCUUUAAGGUAUGCAGAUAGCUGAUAUCGUAAUAGGUGCUACAAAGGAAAAGGAUCUUUCACUCCACAGAAGUACAAAUAGCUUCCUUGCAAACCCUGGUGCCCUCAUAUCAUAUUGUAAGACUACAGUAUUGUGUAAAUUAUAGGUUUCAUUGCUUCAUGAUUAUGAAAUUUGUAAGUUGGCCAACUGUAAUUAAUGUCCAAAUGACUUUUUAGUUUUAUCUCAAAAGCACUGUACAGUACCAGAAUUAUUUUGCCAAACAUAAAAGUGAAAUGUCACUUGUUAAUUACCUCAUAGAAAUAUAUACCAUAUAGAUAUAUAAAAUAUAUAUUGAAUGUAUAACAGAAUGAUAUAAUAACUGAUUGUGAUUUGGUGCAGCAACACAUUACUGUUAAAGUGCUUUAAAGUACAGAGAAAGCUGUUCUCUCCUGCACAAUUAUCACUUAAAAGUACAGUAUUUUUAUUGAAAAUAUGCUUGAAGCAUAUUCUUUAAUUGGUUAAAAUUUUUUGAACUUGUUACAUUAUUUCAGUGCAUAUUUGGCUUGCUACAUUCAAGAUGGUGCCAGUUUUAAAUAAAUGAAGUGCAAAAUGUGAGGGCACCUUUUGCUAUAAUUUUUUUUUAUUUGCUUGGAAGUUUCUCAGUUUAUAUAUUUCUGGAUUAAGACUUGAUAAAUUGUGUCCAAAAGGUUAAUUUAUUUUGAAAUAUGGGAAUCUUUGAUCAAGCACAUAAUGAGAUUUUUAUAGUUAAAACCUGUUCUAAAGUAUUUUAAGAGUUGCAGUCCUUAUUUCAGUUUCAGUAUACUGUAUACAGUAAUAGAAUUUGUUCACAAUUUACAAAGUCAAGGUUAUAAAUAUAAAGUAUGUAAAUUUGUUAACCAAAAUACUCUACAAGUGGUUUUCUGGAUAUGAUUAGUACUUUAGUGAAUCUAGAAUAGUUUGCAAUGAUCUGGUGCAACAAGUGGCUGCCUUUUUGUGAGAAAGAGUUAGUGCUAAAUCCAGUUGUAAGCCUUUGUCAGGUACCUUUAAUAAAUAUCUCUUUCUUCCAUAGAAAAUGAGUCUUCUUAAAAGAACUGCUCUUUAUUGGGGAUUAAGUUAACCAGAGAUGAAACUAAUCCCAGAUUGUAUUUAUAGACUGUAACCAGGGCAAGGUUUCAGUAUUGCCAUGCAUAGAAAAAUACAUGCUUAAAAUGUACUGCAUGCUUACUUUCCAUUUACCAGUAAGAACUAUUGGUUAUUCAUUGUAGUUCAUUACUAGAUGAUACUUUUGAUAAACCCUGGUUGCAGAUUCAGUAUUUUUUAGCAAGAGGAUGGGACCAAAACUUGCAGAAGUGCCUCAUAAGGGAUUAUACAGGGUCAUGUGAGGUAUAGUAGGUAAUUUGACCUGUAGCAUUACUGUAAAGAAAGCUUAUAUGCGAGUCAUAUGUGAUAAUACUUUCAAUGGUACAGUUGGCCGAGCCAUGGAAAGGUUUGUGUGAUAGUAGAUGGCAUGGUUGUUAGAAAGAUACUAGACUUAAAUUAGUUUUAGAUUAGGUAGAUUUGUUUUAUAUGAUAGUAAUGAGGAUGGACUGGUGUGUUUGUGUGUUUAUGGUAAGAUAGCUUGAAGAAAUGAUAGUAACCACGUAUGAAUGACUGGUUCUCAGAAGGAAAGCUUUACUUUGUGCCAUAAUUCCUCCCUUCAUUACAGUUACAAUGUAUUGUUUUGGGAGUGUGUACAUGAGAUGAAUACAAGAAAAGGUUUGGAAAUAGCUUGAAUAAAGCAGAAGCAUAAGUGAUUUUUUAAGGUAACUGGUAUGCUAGUGUGUGAAUGAAAAUAAGGGUUAACUUUACUUAAUAAAACUUAGACAGAAGGAGGCAUUGUUAGUCUCCUGCCAAAUUUUUUCAAUUUGAAAGCUGCAGUGAAUUCCCAAACUGAGUUUCCUGAUGUCACCACCUUUCUUAAUUUUAAAGGCCUUUUCUUUUUCUUAAUAGAAAUGCCAUUUGAGGCUAAAAAGUGGCUGCUCACAUGAUGAUGCCUUUAUUUCUGUCUUAUCAGGAAAUGUGUGCAUUUAAAUGUGACAUAUACUAUUCCUUAAGAUUUUUUUUUCCAGUUUUGAAUGGGCAUACUUCUUUUUCCUAUUGCUAAUUGCUAAUGGUAAUUAUGAGAGGUGUACAAUGUCCCAUGAUUAGUGUGUCAGUUCGAUUUCCCCUACAUCCAUCUGAAAGUCUUAGGGGCUGUACAAUGUAUCCAAUAAUGUACAUAGUGUAUAUAAUAGGUUACUGAAUAUGGAGAAGCAUAGGCUGGUUGCAACUGUAGAGGAAGGAUUUUCCAGCCUUAUAUAUUUUUGUUAACCUGGUAAUGCUACCUACCAUUGCUUCACCAUGGCAUAUUCUGAAUUAUGGGCCGACCAUGUUUGAAACAUGUACAGUUGAUUUUUAUUAAAAACUUUUAGAUUACAUAA